GGGGUGGGAAGGGUCCCAUUGUCCUUUUGGGGUGGGGGUCCCAUUGUGUCCCCCCCCCUCAGGCCAUGGCAGAGGUUCACGUCAUUGGGCAGCUGUUGGGAGCCAGCGGCUUCUCCCAGCGCCGCCUCUUCUGCAAGUGGGGGCUGCAUGCAGGAAAUGCCUGGAAGGUGCUGGGGGGGCUUCGUGAGGGGCAGACGCAGGUGGACGACCCCCAGGCAGACGACAUGGCGCAUUGGUGCCACCCCCUCGACGUCCACUUUGCCACCAAAGGGCUGCAGGGUGAGACCCCACAGCUGCCCCACAAUAGGUUCUGUGGGGCUAUGUGA